UUUGGUGCAAAUGUUGAUCCGUCCCAUCUUCCCGAAGCGAAAUAUUUCAACUUCACCUUACCUCUCUCAGAGAUUGAAACAAACAGGUGAUCUGCAUACUCUGCUCCUCUGUUCUUUCGCACUUAUUCGCUACUCCAAAGCAUUUCGGGUAAAAUCUGCGCAAAGGGUUUUCUCUGUAUGCACUCGAGCUUGAGAAUUUAGGGCUCAGGAGAGAGAAAUGAAGAAGAUUUGCGCUCAUCUCUUUUUUAUUCAAAAGAUGGUGGAAAACGAUAUCGUUGUGGCGUUCAGGGUUUAGGGUUUAGAGAAUGAGAUUGUCCAGAUGUUUCAUGUUCCGGGCUCAGAGGAUUCUGAAAGGAUACCGGAGAAGGGGGUGUUCUCAAGAAGGGUUCGAUCUGUACGGACAUUGGAUGAGAGGUUCAUACGAAUAUUGAAAAUAUUCAAGUGGGGACCCGAUGCCGAGAAGGCUCUGGAAGUGCUGAAACUGAAAGUGGAUCACCGGUUAGUCUGCGCUGUCCUGGAGAUAGAUGUCGAGAUCAAUGUCAAGAUUCAGUUUUUCAAGUGGGCGGGCAAAAGGCGGAAUUUUCAGCAUGAUUCGUCGACCUACAUGACCUUGAUACAUUGCCUGAACGAAGCUAGGGUUUAUGGCGAGAUGUGGAGGACAAUACAAGACAUGGUUCGCAGCCCGUAUGUUAGUGUCAGCCCGGCUCAACUGUCCGAGCUUGUAAGAAUACUUGGACGAGCUAAGAUGAUGAAUAAAGCUCUAUCGGUAUUUUACCAGGCCAAGGGCCGCAAGUGCAAACCCACUGCAGGCACUUACAACUCGGUCAUUUUGAUGUUGAUGCAAGAGGGACAACAUGAAAAAGUCCAUGAAGUUUAUACCGAGAUGUGUACCGAGGGUGACUGUUUACCAGACACGGUGACAUACUCUGCUCUUAUAUCCUCGUAUGGAAAGUUAGGCCGUGAUGAUUCUGCAAUUAGGCUGUUUGACGAGAUGAAGGAUAACGGUUUGCAGCCCACGGCGAAAAUAUACACGACACUGUUGGAAAUAUACUUUAAGCUGGGAAAGGUUGAGAAAGCUUUAGACCUUUUCGAGGAGAUGAAAAAAACGGGUUGCCCACCAACUGUUUUUACGUACACAGAGCUGAUAAAGGGGCUUGGGAAGGCCGGGAGGGUAGAUGAGGCUUAUGCUUUGUUUAAGAAUAUGGUUAAAUAUGGACUGGAUCCGGAUGUUGUGGUCUUAAACAAUCUGAUGAACAUUUUCGGCAAAGCGGGUCGUGUAGAAGAUUUAGUGAAGAUCUUCCAUGAGAUGGAAACAUGGAAAUGUUCACCGAAUGUUGUUUCAUACAACACCGUCAUUAAAGCUCUGUUCCAGUCCAAAGCACCGGCUUCUGAAGCGAGUUCUUGGCUUGAAAAGAUGAAAGAAAACGGGGUUUCCCCUAGUUCAUUCACUUACUCGAUCCUUAUAGACGGAUACUGCAAAACAAAUAGAGUGGAGAACGCGUUGUUGCUCCUUGAAGAGAUGGAUGAAAAGGGUUUUCCGCCUUGUCCUGCCGCGUACUGCAGCAUCAUAAACGCUCUUGGAAAGGCCAAACGAUAUGAAGUUGCGAAUGAGUUGUUCCGGGAGCUGAGGGAGAAUUGCGGGAAAUUAAGCUCUCGGGUAUAUGCCGUGAUGAUAAAACAUUUGGGGAAACGAGGUCAGCUGAUCGAAGCUGUGGACCUUUUCAAUGAAAUGAAGAAGCUCGGAUGCAAUCCCGAUGUUUACGCGUAUAAUGCACUUAUGUCGGGGAUGGUGAGGGCUGGCAUGAUAGAUGAAGCUCAAACCAUGCUUAGGAAAAUGGAAGAAAACGGUUGCAGACCCGACAUAAAUUCACAUAAUAUCAUCCUACAUGGAUUGGCGAAGACGGGUGUUCCGAGGCAAGCUGUUGAUAUGUUUGAAAGAAUGAAGAAUUCUCGGGUUAAGCCGGAUGGAGUUUCGUACAAUACUCUGCUCGGAUGUCUAGCGCAUGCCGGGAAGUUUGAGGAGGCAGGAAGGCUGAUGCAAGAAAUGAAGGCGAAAGGUUUCGCGUAUGACGCCAUCACUUACUCGUCGAUACUCGAGGCUGUGGGCAGUGUGGAUGAAGAGCGGCUUUCGAGUUUUUAAGAGGUUGUUUAUAUCGAUCUGUUCAUGUCUUCCCCAGGUUGGGCAAGAAGCUCUGAAGGGGCGAAUUUUCGGAUUCAUCAUACGGGUUUCCUCUUUGGAUGCGUGCAUCUUUUGGCAUAUUUUUCUUGCAGAGGUGGUUCCGUGGUGCAGCAGCAGCUCAUUGGCCUGAUGAAUCAGAGGAGGCUGGCUUCUCAAGAAGCAUGGUCUUGGACCGACUUUCAUGCCCCAUGUGAUGUGGCUUGGAGCAUCUCACAUUUAUAUAACCUAAUGUGACAAUGCAUGAUUGCAUUAUAAUCCAUGAUACAAGGACAUUGCUAUAAAAUAUAUAUAUAUAUAUAUAUAUAUAUAUAUCUUUGUUCCAAGAAUAAAUUAUCUUAUUUUUUUCUC